AGUUGAUCACAGGUGUUGUCGAUGUGAAUUAGAAUAAUCGCUAAAUAAUAUGUGGUAAAAGAAAUACAUUCGGCUGUUGAAAUCAAUGCUAUACAUACUAUAUUAUUUUCGACUAUUUGAAAAUCGAUUCUGUCAAAAAAUGGAAACGGUUGAUAAUGUGGAAAAUAACAUACAACAAAAAAGGACUCUUAUUAGCAAGAUAAAUUCAGACAGGCUACCAAAACCAGUUUCAAAAAUAUACGAUGUUGAAUUAAUAAGAAGACUGCUACAGGACUGUGCCUUAUAUAGUCCACACAACAAAAAAGGAGUCGUCAAAACAAGUAGCCGGUCGGCAUCAGCUACUGAUGCUGAUGAGCACAAUAUUUAUCCUGAGGAAGAUGUACACUAUCAAGACGAAGAGAGACGCAAACAAGGUCGCCGAGAGGUAUGGGGAUCAUUGCUAGGGGGGUCAAAUAAACCAACACGUAGAUGGCAUUUCGCCCCAACCCCAAUAUCAGAGAUCAAAAAGCAGAGAAUAUGGUAUUUGAACCUGCAACGCAGAAGAAGAGUGGAACCCCGGAACGAUGACCCGAGUGAGCCGAGUCGCCCGGCUACACCGUCUAGUGCAGGGGACGCCAGUGCCUGGGAGUAUGACACGGAGGAAGAGAGACUCGCUUAUAUGACGGAAGAAACCGACGGACCAUUCGGGCAGAGAUUGAUGACCGAUGGGUCAUUUUGCUUAAAAAAUUUGACACAGGCGGAUGGGGUAGAUACAAUUAUUACCUUUAAUUCACCAGAAGAGAUGUUGGUUGCACACUCGUCAGUUCUUGUAGAAAAGUCUCCACUAUUCGCAAAAAUGCUCGAUUCACAACACCAGAAUCGUGUUAAGAUCGUGCGGUUAGAGCGAAUUGACUCGCCAGCACUGCUGGAAGUUCUAAGGUAUAUGUACACCGGUAAAGUGCGAUCUUUCGCGUUUGACGAUGUUGCUAGAGUACUUUCAACAGCAAGACGGUUCCAACUUGAAGAACAAAUAGGGUAUCAAUAUGCCAGCACAAUCGAUAACUUAAAUUGCAAACUUACAAUCGCCCAGCUGGAUAUAAUUUGCAAAUACGCAAACAAAGAUUCGUUUGAUAUCUUGGUUCGAACUAUUUUUCAAAGACCCGAGGCCUUAAAUGAUGUCGAGUUUGGUCUUCUUAGCCAAGAGACCGUUGAAGCAAUCAUAAAAUCUGAUGCACUACCCGUGGAGGAACUUGACAUUUUAAAAGCUGUAUAUUUCUGGUCAGAAUGCGAAGCACGCAGGAAAGGAAUCGAAAAGACUGCACGAAAUCUGCGAGCCCUACUCGGUCCUGUUUUUUAUCAAGUGAGAUUUCCCUUAAUAGACAUCAAAGUUUUAAAUAGAAAUAAUCUCCCAUAUACCAUGCUCACAAAGAUAGAACUUGAAGGUUUAAACGACAUGUCCAACGGAUUACUACAUCGGGUGCCGAAGAAGUUUAGCAGCAAAAAGCGAUCAGAAGCACUCCCAACAACAGAUACUUCAGUUCUUACCUGUCAUAAAUCUACCUCUGCGCCUGUUCAUAGCAUUGACCCGACGUAUUUGCCAAGAAAGAUCAACAAAAGAUCUGCAUCGGUUCAAAAUAUCCCCAAGGCGUGUUUGCCCAUUGUUUCGACAUGUUCAUAUGAAACAAUUCCUGUAAUUUCAGAAUCAGAGUUUCGUCAGCUGCGACAGACGCACCACUUUCAAGGAAGUAAAUAUGUCGGUUUGCAUAGUAUCCAAAGAUUUAAAUAUAUCACUGGGCCGCUCGAGUUGAAGUAUGCAGAGGAACCGGAUAAUUACUGA